AUGGCGCGAACAGUGCAACAAGUCACCAAAAAGAAACAGAAACCGAAAAAGCUUUUACCAAAAUUCACAAAGAAAACCACAAAACGUACCAAACCCGGAGUAAGAUCAUUAAGAGAGAUAAAAUUUUAUCAAGCGUCUACAAAUUUAUUGCUAAGAAAAAGACCAUUCAUGAGACUGGUUAGAGAAGUUACCCAAAAAUUGACACUGCAAGCUCAUUUCUGGCAAUUAACAGCUCUCGAAGCCCUUCAAGAAGCCGCAGAAACGUAUUUAACUCAUCUAUUUGAACAUUCAAAUCUCGCUGCCAUCCAUGCCAAAAGAAUUACAGUAUUUCCAAGGGACGUACAAUUCAUCUUGCGAAUCAAAGAAGAUGAUUUAUGA